GCGGGUCGGGCGGCUGCGAGCGGCGGUGUGGCUGUCCGUCUGGGUGCGUGUCGGUUCGGCUGUCACGACGUUGGUGGGUGUCGGCGCGAGGCGGAGCCGGGCCGGCGGCCCUGGAAGGCUGCGGCGCCGAGAGGCAGAGCUUCGGGAUUUGCUUUGAGGUCAUGCUGAUGAAGUAUGGAGUCACCUUUGAUAACUUGAAAGAAAAGCUGCUUCACUAAAGAAACAUAAAACAACUGAGCAGAAGGGACCUCGGGAUGCCAACGCCACACUUUUUAUCUUCAUCAUCUACUUUUAGCCCUUCAGAACUAAUGAAUUACACAUUAAGGAAGAUGAGCUCUUCAGCAUAUUGUUUCUAGCAGUUAGAAUUUUUAUCAGUGUUGUACAACUCAUAAAAUUUAAGGGUUACCAAACCUGUAAGGCCUUGUUUAAAAUAGCUUGCUUUUUAGCAUUCAGAACUCCAGCGUUUACUUUGUUUUUACUUAUGAAAGUCCUCAGAAAUGUAGCGCAUCAGGAAAGAGAUGGACUUGGAAGCACACAGUUUUUACCGUAGAUUGCGGUAGAACUCAGUGGAUAACUUAGGACAUCACUCAUUUCUUCUCCAAAAUACCACAUAAGCAUCUUACUUAACUUUCAUGCAAAAGAAGUUGCUUGAAAAUGGCGUGGGUAAAAUUCUUACGGAAACCCGGUGGUAAUCUUGGAAAGGCCUAUCAGGCUGGAAGUUUGCUAUCCCUAGCCCCAACUGUAGGCUUGUUAAAUGAACCAGGACAGAACAGCUGCUUUCUAAAUAGUGCUGUACAGGUUUUAUGGCAGUUAGAUAUAUUCCGAAGAAGUCUGAGAGUUCUGACUGGACAUGUUUGUCAGGGAGAUGCCUGUAUAUUUUGCGCGUUGAAGACAAUAUUUGCACAGUUUCAACACAGUCGAGAAAAAGCGCUUCCCUCAGAUAACAUAAGGCAUGCUCUUGCAGAAAGCUUCAAAGAUGAGCAGAGAUUUCAGCUUGGCCGCAUGGAUGAUGCAGCUGAGUGCUUUGAAAACAUAUUGGCAAGGAUUCAUUUUCACCUGGUGCCAAGCAAGGAUGCAGACAUGUGCACCUCUAAAUCUUGUGUCACUCAUCAGAAGUUUGCCAUGACUCUGUAUGAACAGUGUGUGUGCCGCAGCUGUGGAGCAUCUUCAGACCCUCUACCCUUCACCGAGUUCGUGCGGUACAUUUCUACAACAGCCCUGUGCAAUGAAGUUGAAAGAAUGAUGGAAAGGCAUGAACGGUUUAAACCGGAGAUGUUUGCGGAAUUGCUGCAGGCAGCAAACACAGCAGAUGACUAUCGGAAGUGUCCUAGUAACUGUGGCCAGAAAAUAAAAAUCCGUCGUGUUUUGAUGAAUUGCCCAGAGAUUGUUACAAUUGGAUUGGUCUGGGAUUCCGAGCACUCUGACCUGACUGAAGAUGUUGUUCGGACUCUAGCCACACAUCUCUACCUUCCUGGGCUUUUUUACAGGGUGACGGAUGAAAGCGCCACCGAUAGCGAGCUGCGCCUUGUCGGUGUGAUCUGUUACACCAGCCGACACUAUUGUGCCUUUGCGCUCCACACCAAGAGCUCCAAGUGGGUGUUCUUUGACGACGCACACGUCAAGGAGGUUGGAACCAGGUGGAAAGAUGUGGUCUCCAAAUGCAUACGUUGCCACCUACAGCCGCUUUUGCUGUUUUACGCGAACCCAGACGGCACAGCAGUCUCUACUGAGGAUGCACUCAGGCAGGUUGUCCACUGGUCACAUUACAAAUCAGUUGCAGAAAAUAUGGGCCCUCAAGACACAGCAAAAACGAGAAGCCAAGUUUCUUCCACACCCCUCUUGACAGUGCAGUGA